AUGCGGAUGGAUACACCGGCUCAAGUUUUACAGACGAUUGCGUCAUUGCACGUGCGUUUCACUAAACAGGGCUCAAGCCCUGUAAUACAAUAGUUUAUAACUUGUAUGCCACGGUAUAUUAUUUAAAUCGAGUCGAGCAGAUAAAGUCGAACGACGACGGCGAAAGUAUACUCAUACUUUUACAGUAUUUGGACUGGUUCGUCGAAGUACAUGGCCUUGGAAAUAUAGAAAUUUAGACGCAUGGGAAAUAUGUAUACUGCACUGUAUAUAAUACAAUUAUAUUAUAUAUACUGUAUAAUUAUACUAUAUAUACUGUAUAAUUUAUAUUUAUUAUAAUUAUAAUAGUAUACUAUAUAUGCUAUAAUUGCUAUAAAUGCUAUAUAUGUAUAAUUUAUAAUUAUUAUAAUUAUAAUAAUAUACUACUUGCACUACAUAUAAUAUAAUUAUAUUAUAUAUACUGUAUAAUUAUACUAUGUAUACUGUAUAAUUUAUAAUUAUUAUAAUUAUAAUAAUUAUAUAUUAUACAGUAUGUGUCUGUAUGUGUAUACUGCACUGUAUACUUAUACUAUGCUAAAAACUUUGAGAGUUUUUGAAUAAUUCUUGGAAAUAUAGAAAUGUACAUGGAAAUAUGUAUAUUAUGUUGCAUAUAUAUAAUAUGUAUAUUAUGUAGAUGUACAUGAAAAUAUGUAUAUUAUGUUACUGAAUUACACUAUACUGUGCUAUAUUACAGUAUGCAAUACCUUGCAGGAGACAUUAGACCAAUUCUGGGGCAGUGAGACAUAUGAGAUGAAGAGCUCGAAGAAAGAAACUAUAAAAAUAUAGAAGCGUUGAAAUAUAAAAGUAGACUAACAUUUUUACUAAUUUCCAGGAGUUAUUUGUCAUCGUCCAUAUUUUAUAUACUUGAGUAUUUCUGACAUAUUCUUCGUAUUAUUCUUAAUAAUAAAAAAAAAAAAAAGAAAUCAGACAAUUGAGCGCAGUGUAGAAUAUCAAGAGCAAUGUAAACGAAACUGUUUGAAGAUUCACCGUGAUGGAGAUAAUGUAGUUGUAAUUACCGAUCUUCCAGACAGAUAAUUACACAGGCAUUUGAAAGUCAAUCGUGGUAAAGCUUUCACAGAGGGAAGUGCAAAACGAUCGUCCAAUUGUCCUUUGCUUUGUCAUUCUUUCCUAGAAACUUCCGACUCUUUCUACUUUCGACUUUAACUCCACCAUGAGAAUAAAUAAAUCCACAGUACAUACAUUAAAGUUUUAUUACAAAAAUACGUGCAUCACUGGAUUAAUUAAAUACAUUCACAUGUAUGAGUGAAAUGCAUGCCUAGAAUACCUUGAAUGAAUCAUGAUCAACAUAAAUUAACAUGGUCAAAAUAACUGCCAUAUCCUACAAAAUGUUUAAUCUUUCUUUUCCAUUAUCUUGCCAAUCAAACAGUCGUAUCUUUCGUCUUAUCGUCUCUAUUUUACGUUUUAUCACAAAACCUUAAUAAAAACCCCGUCCAUAUCUGAUAAAUGACUUACAACACACGCUUGCGCUCUCUCUCUCUCUCUCUCUCUCUCUCUCUCUCUCUCUCUCUCUACAGCUUCCAUGAAAUUUACUCACCUUGCAAGCGAGUUAUAACAAUCGAUGCUGGAAAUACUAUUAAACUGCGGAUGUUUGGUGAUUUGUGUGCAAAUUAAAACACGCCGAAUUGAACUCAGAUGGACAAGAUUAUCCUAUACGAGAGAAUAAACUAUAAAUUUGCAUAAACGCAUCCUCUUCAGUCUAACCGUUGUAUUAAUUUUUUACGUUCUUGUCGACGAGGAUGAGAAACAGAUAAAAAAAAAAAAAAAGGAAAUUUAGUAUUCCUCGUCGUUCAUGGUUCGUUUGUAGAAAGCUCGUGAGAAACUUGCAGGAUUUUGGCUGCCGCAGAAGAAGAAGCCACGACGCCAGAAAAUGAAGAUCGUCAAGCAAACUGGAAUGGCGAGCAUUAUACCGAUCAACACGCCGAUGAGGAUCGUCGCGUCUUUUUCCGGCCUUGCGCCAUUCAAGUCCAAGCAACGCAACUUCCGAUUGGAUAACGAUAUCAGGUUCUUGCCAGCGUGUUCCGGCGGCAAAGCACAGCCACCACGGACUCGACCAACUCGUCAGUUCACCCGCGUCUAUCAAAUCAUUUUUUCAUUCAAAAUCGUGUUACAUUAAAAAUUCUGCCGUUUAAUCCGAGGGCGGCAUUGAAAUCAGAGAAAUCAGCAGAGAUGCACUUAUCGGGUUUCUCCUCCGCUGACGUUCAAUUGGUAUCGGAGGAACGAUCGAUCGGUUCGAUGCAAGGAUACGCACGAUUCAAAUGGACCGUGGACCGUGUGUUUCGUGAUUGCCAGAACUUACCAGAUAUUGAUUAUUGCAAUCGCAGCUCCAUUUGUUGUUCAUCAGAUCCAAUUCUUCAAGCCAGUCCCACCUUGCUACGAAUAGCUGAGGCAAGUAUCGCAGGGCGUUAUCUGAUAGAUCGAGUUUCUUUAGUGGCGGCCACACAGGUCCCUCCGUGUCAUUCUACAAAAAUUUAUAAUGAUAAUAGCUCUGGCGUAUAA